AUCUGUCUCUACCUCAUCACGCAACCCGUGGCUCCAACAAAGCCGUACUGCCGCCAGUCUUCUUCUUCGUCUUCUCCCAUCAACACCACUUUCGAUCAGCUCCGAGACCAUGGUUGCGCACGAGGGACACGAUACCACCAUGGAGGCAAUGGAUAUGGGUGGCAUGUCCAUGGACUCUGGCCACGGCGGCAUGGCCAUGGCCUUCUUCACGGCUACCAACACUCCUCUCUACUCCAAAUCGUGGACGCCAUCGACUGCCGGUCAAUAUGCGGGAACAUGCAUCUUCCUGAUCCUCCUCGCCAUCCUCCUCCGCGCCAUCUUCACAGCAAAGACCUUUCUCGAAGCGAGGGCUACUAAGAACGCUCUGAACCGCCGCUAUGUUGUCGUUGCCGGCGAGAAAUCCAUUGCCGACGAUGCCAACUCGGUCACUGGAAUCCUGACGACCAACGGCGUGGAGGAGAACGUCAAGAUUGUUUCUGCGCCAGCAUCACAUAUUCAGCCCUGGAGAUUCGGCGUCGACCUCCCCCGGGCUUUCUUGGUCAUGGUUGCCACUGGUGUCGGAUACCUUCUCAUGUUGGCUGUCAUGUCCUUCAACGUCGGCUACUUCAUGUCUGUUCUGGCGGGCACGUUUGUUGGUGAAUUAGCUUUCGGCAGGUUCAAUCAGGCCGCGUCGCAUUGACGACCGAUGAAUCCCCGCUUUUCGAUCCGGACUGCACCGAGGGCUCAUCUCGCACAUGUUGCUGUAAUUCUGUAGCCCCUAUUACUAUUAAUUCAUGAUAACAACUGCUUUGGGUUGGAGAACCCAUGUUGCUGAGGUCAGCUCGGCCUUUUACGACCAC